AUGUCGGCCUACACAGUAACAUCUCGUUCGUUCGUUGUUUCUGGUUUGAACGUCAAGAUAUAUUGUCACCCUUCUCAAUCCGUUUGCGAAGCCUUCGCUCCAUUGCCGCCCGUUUCAGUCCUUUUCUUCCUUCAUGGCCGGGGAUCGUCCUUGGCGGUCGUGGAACCCAUCAUAGAAAAGGUUGUCAUGAUCGCACAUAGUGACGAUAAGAAGAGGGACCUCUACGUUGUGGGCCUAGUGAGCGUUGUACCCCUUCUUGCGAAACUCAGCUCACCAAUGGGAACCCAAACCACGCGCAAGUUUCAUGUUAUCUACAUGCUCUCUGGCCCGCAGAGACUUAUACUUGACUGCAGGCUUGACAUGUAUGGAAUCCAACUCGGGACCCAACGAGACCUCUCGCACCUCAUCGAUUUUCUCCCAUCACACCUCUUCCCCCACGGCGAACGAACAAUUGAGCAAUGGGGCGUUGCAGGAAUUAGCCUCGGAGGACACACCGCUUGGCUAGCGUUGGCUCACGAACCACGGAUUACCUUUGGCAUCGUCAUCCUCGGAUGCGCUGAUUAUUUGGCCCUCAUGUCCCGCCGAGCAGCGGAAUCCGAGUUCGAACUCACCCCGCCCACCCUGCCGAUCCUACCACCAUCGCUGGUUUUCCUCGUCCGCCACGUGGACCCGAUUUACACGCCAUACACUGUCAAUGACUCCAGGAAUCCAUUCUUGGGCAAGAAGAUCCUGGUCCUCCGGGGAGCGAUGGAUCGUAUCGUUCCGUGGAGUGCGAGCGCACGGUUCGUCCAAGGGCUCGAAGUCGGCGAAAGAGGGUUAAAGACAGUGAUGGCUCAAGAGGGCGUGGGCCAUGAGUGCACGGUGGAAAUGACCAAAUGGAUGGCAGAGUUUCUGAGGUACGAAUGUUUGUCCUCUAAAAUUGCGGCUAUGGCAAAGCUGUGA